AUGCAGCAGCCCUGGCUGGAGCACCCGAGCUGUCAGUGCCGGGAUGAGGCGCGGAUGAGCGCCAGCCCCGGGCAAUUCGAUAGGGCCGUCACAGCAACGCGACAUGUCUCGAUCAGGCGUUUGCAGGGAGGCGCGUUCGGAUUAGAAACCGGGACUGGUGCAUUCUGCCAGGUACCGCAUGCACACCAUCGACCGCCGACACGACCGCCGACACAACCGCCGACACAACCGCCGACACGACCACCUGCGCCGCUCCACCACUCCUCGCUCCACUCCGACCCUCGCGCUCGCAGCUCCCUCCGCUCUUUCCUAGCUCGACUCCGGCCUCCCGCCUCCCGCCUCCCGCCUCCCGCCUCCAGGCUCGAGCCCCGUCUCCAUCCAACCAUGGCUGCCAAACUCAACAUGGCAGCCUUUGGCGGCGCCCACACAGCGGGCAUCUUCUCAGACAUGACGGUCGACGGGCCAGUGAUCGGCACGCUGGUCGCCAUCAUCGACCGCGCCCGCAACCUGCCCAACAAGCGCACAAUGGGCAAGCAGGACCCCUACUGCGCUGCACGGCUCGGCAAAGAGGCCAAGAAGACACAGACCGACAAGCGCGGCGGGCAGACGCCGAAGUGGGACCAAGAACUCCGCUUCACAGUCCACGACUCGCCCGACUACCACCGCAUCAAGGUCUCUGUGUUCAACGACGACAGGAAAACCGAGCUGAUCGGCGACACCUUCAUCAGCCUCAACAGCGUCAUCAACCCCGGCGGAGGACAGUCGGAUGGAUGGCACACCCUCGACUGCAAGGGCAAGUAUGCCGGAGAGAUCCGCAUCGAGUUCACGUACUACGACACGCGGCCAAAGGCUGAGAAGCCAGCGGCCGAGAAGAAGAGGGAGUCCCCGCAAACCGAGGCACAGAGCCCAGCAGUAGGAGGGCCCCGAGGCGCUCGGGGAGCACGAGAGAGCACGCCUAUCAAGAGGAGACCGCUCCCAUCAGACCCAACCGCUGCAUCACCCUCGCCCAUGAGCACACCAGAGCACCGGGGACUGCAAGGCGUACGUGCUGGUCCGCGCGAACUCGGCUCUCCACGACAUGCCCAAGAGCCCGCACCGCUCCAGCCCAGUCGGCGGCCGGUGCCCGACGCUUCGCCCGUCAGCGCUGCACCAGCAUCGAGCCACAGCACACCUGUGCGCCAGCAACCGCCGCAGGAGCCUUACACCGCACCAAACCCGCGCACCUCGAACCCGAACCUGAACCCGAACCCGAACCUGGCACAGCCCGGCGAUAGCUUCGACAUGUCGUACGCAGCGCCGAAGCCAUACGAGGUGAAGCCAGUCGAUGCCCUGCCCCGCCACGUGACAGAAGGACAUGGCAGGACCAUGUCGCAAGACGACUUCCGUUCCCCCAGAGCACACGCCCAGCCACCGCCGGUCGAUGCUGUCCAUUCACACUCCGCCCCAGUCGUUCCCACACAGCACAGCCACGAGCCAGAACAGCGCUACGCGAGCGCACAUUCCCCUCCCUAUGCUCACGAUCCUUACGAUGAUCCAUCUUACCACGUCGCACCCCUGCGCUCGAGCAGAAGCAACUUGCGGAACCAAAACCAGGACCAAGCCUCGCCCGUCGAGCCGUACCGACCAAGCAGCUACAUGGAGGCCUCGCCCCCGUACGAUGACACGCACUCGCGCCGAAGGCAGAGCGCAAUGCAGCCCACCGUAGAAGACGAAGACCUGGACCUGCCGCCGCCGCCACCAGCGCACAGGAAGAAUGCAGCUACACUCCCCCCUGAGCACUCAUACAGCUCGACCAACCACUACGCCAACGACUCCCCGCCGCCCCUCCACUUCACACGCCAUCAGGAGCAGUCGCCCGAGCCCGGCUACGAUCUGCAGCGCCAGCCAUACGCAGCUCCUGACUACGAGUACCGCCAGCCGACAGAGCGACGCUACACGCAUCCUCGCCCUACUGUCCAGUCCAACAGCCGACCAGUAUCUCGUGACACGAUGGCACCUUCGCCGUUGCGGCAGGAGACUCCACUCCCUGCUGCUCUGGUUGCUGGCUUCGAUGCAUCUCGCCGUGAGAGAGAUUCCUACCAGGCACCUCCCGCCUACCAGACACCACCACGUCUCCGACAGUACUCUGAACCAGCCGAGUACCGAGCUCCGCCCGAGUAUACCGCGCCCGUUCAGCCUCAUGAGCUGGUCCACUACCAGUCUCAGCCUCCCCAGGAUUCAUACUACGACCACGAUCCUCCCGAGGAGCCGCGCCGGAGGUCUCCCGUCAACGACUAUGUGCCCAUCUACAAGCCUCGUGCGCACAGCCCUAACCCGAGGUCUCGUGCUCACAGCCCCAACCCAAGCCCCAGGCACUCGCCCAAUCCCGUAGACGAGCGUGCAUCAAGAAUGUCCGCACGAAGCAUGCCUACACGCAAGUCCGUCUCGCCACGGCCACCGCCACCAGAAGAGGACUUUGGCCAGCGUCGACUGUCAGGCGUACCCUUCGGCCCCGACGACUUCAACCGAAGAGCCAGAGCGCCCAGGCAGCAGCAUGGAGUACAACGACAAAGGCCAGAUCGUCACGUUUAG